CCUUGAAUUUAGAGGGUCUCUCUCCACCGGGGUGAUAAGACAGCAUUCUGCAGCGACGGAGGGGCAACGACGGCGCAGAUAUUAGAAGAAAAAAAAAAAUAACACUUUUCAUCAAUUAACUGCUGGAUACGUAAUUCGCCCUGGGGCUGGAUUAAAAUCAAACCGACUUUUUUAGUUUUUGUUUUUAAUUUGCUUUAGACAACAACUAAUCGAAGACAAUGGGGUCCCAGUCAUCCAAGGGAGAGGUAGCCGCGGAGGCGAACGCUGCUGCCGCUGAUGCUGCAGCUGUCAAAACCAACGGACAGGAGAAUGGACAUGUGAAAACCAAUGGUGAUGUCUCCACAAAGCCUGAUGGAGAUGCUGCUGCCAGCAACGGCUCAGCUGAGGCAGCCAAGGAGCCCGAAGCUGGGGAGGAAGGCGACGCCAUCGAGCCUGCACCUGCUGCGGACGGGGAGGCCGCCAAACCUCAGGGCGAGGCUGCUGCCAAGGAGACCCCCAAGAAAAAGAAGAAGAAGUUCUCCCUGAAGAAGUCCUUUAACAUCAAGCUGAACCUGAAGAAGAGCAAGAAGAGUGAGGCUGUGAAGGAGGAGACUGGCGCUGCUGCAGCCGCCACCUCUGAGGAGAAGCCUGCUGAAAACGGAGCUGCUGCUCCUGCAGAGGAGAAGAAGGAGGAGGAGGUGAAGGAGGAGGCUCCGGCUGCAGCCGAGGCUCCGAAGGCAGAGGAAGGGGCAGCUAAAGAGGAGGCACCCAAGGAGGAGGCCAAGGAGGCAGCUGCUCCAGCCCCCGAGGUCACCAAACCGACAGAGGAGAGCAACUCCACCCCCGCUCCCUCUGAAAAGAAAGAGUGAUUGUACCUUUAGCCCACGAUGAACUGGAUGAACUGUUUUUCAAGAGAGAGAAAGAGAAUUUAUGAGAAUAUAUAUAUAUAUAUUUAUAUAUAUGUGUAUAUGUAUACAUAUGUAUAUGGAUAUAUGUAUAUGUAAAUAUAUACACAUGUAUGUGAAAGACUUCUUUGACGUGCCACUUUUCGUCAUAACAAGACGACAGACUAGAUUCACUAGAUCACCUCCCUGGUUACAGCUCAACAUCUGGAUGUUGACUGGGUUUUAGGCAGUGGGUUGGUUGCAGCGUGGACUGGAAUUAACCGGCCAGAACGUGAAGCAGAGCUGUGAAUGAAGGACGGGUUGAUGGAUGGAGAAAGAUGGAGGUGAAGCGUCUUUUCCUUAAACAUCCACACAGCUGAAGAUGCCUCCUUGCUGAAGGAAUGAAGCUAAAUAUGAUACUAGGACACCACCACCACAUGAAAUGACUGUUAAAUAGAAAAAAAAUACAUCAAAUCAGAAAAUUAAGAGACUCGUCAACUUUUUACAUUCCUAUAUUUUAACCCAAAUUUGAAGUAUUUUGUGGUGUAUUAUAGAGAACCAUCUUAAUGAUUCAGAGAAGCUAGGUCUCGUUUGUUAAAAGAAAAGAAAAUAGACAGUUUUGAUUUUUACCGUUCUAUGGAAGAAAAAAAAAAAGAACACUUAAGCUUGCUAUGUUCACUGUUGCGGUUUGAUAUGAUGCAGAGUUGUUUAUCUGUCGUGUGUGAGCCUGAAUCUGCUUUGUCUCUGUAAAUACGUUGGAUUGAUUUCUGUUCUUUAUUUUGCUAAUGUUGACAGAUGUUACUGGUUUUAUUGUAAAGUUGAAAAUGGUAAAUAAAUGUUGGGUACCUGCCUG